AUGUCGGGCUUUUGGUCGCAAAUAGAACAGUAUUCGGACACGAUCAGCAAUGAAACAUCAGAUGAUGAUAGUGUCGAUAAUCUUCUCUCGAAUCUAUUGACACACGCAGAUCAGGAAAGACAGACACUUGAAGCUCAAUUCAAUCUAAUCUCGACGACAACGAAAGAAAAACGUUCGUUAGUCUCUCAGUUACAAAAUGGAAUCGCAAUGGCGAAUAAUCUACUCGAACAGCACGAGCAACUGCGAAAUCAAGAACGUAAAUUAACUAUCGCAAUGAAAUCACAUGAAGAUAAAGCAGAAGUCAUUGCACAAGACUUUCGUACAACAGUGAAGCGCUUAAAUAGCACAACUAGAGUUAUCGAUUAUCUACGUUGUCUUGAAACACUUCUAAAACAAAGUUCUGCACUCGAGAAAUUCCUUUCGGAAGGAUCCCUCAACGAAUCGUUAUCCAUCUAUUCUCAAAUAGCAAAUCUUACGGAACUAGUCCGUGACACAUCAACUGAACACUUACGUUCUUACAGUGCAAAUCUGACACUCUAUUGGUAUAAUCGAUUGAAAACUGUUCUUGCUUCACGCAUGGAGGACAUUCUAAACAAAAUCGAAUUUCCCUACGUUCAAAAAAUGUCUGACAGUCACUUAAGCGAACUAUUGGAUGCUAAUCGCAAUCAAUUGAAAGAAGAACUAUCUUAUCUAUUGAAAAUGCAUUUACCUGAACACGUGAAACAUGUCGAUGUUCAAUCACGCUUACGAUUCAUCGGCUGGAAACCAAUCCCACUCUUUAUUCAAAUAUUACUUUCAGGUUUAAUCAGUCGUUUUAAUUAUCAUUUUUACGGCAAACAGAAAACAAAUGACCGCCGAAAGCCUGAAUGGUAUCUCAAUCAGAUUAUUAGUUGGAUUCUUGAUCACGAUUAUUUUCUUACUGAACAAUUACAACCGUUACUUGAAGAAUUAACUGAAAUUCCUCCAUGGAAUGCCAAAGUUGAAUUCAUUCGUGGUUUGAUUGAAUUGGUAAUUGUUAAACUUGAUAGUCAAAUAACAUCGAUAUUGAUUGAUACACCUUUAUUCACGCAUUAUAUCGAAGAAAUUCUCAUAUUUUCACAACGAAUCUUUCAAGAUGAUAUCAAUUAUCCAAAUUAUCUUCCCAAUUGUAUGAAUUUAUUGUGUGACGAGAUUGUUUUCGAAAAAUGGUUUCAAGUCGAACAGGAUGUAUCUCGAACUAAAUUAAACAAUAUAUUUCAAUCACCGACAGCACAUCAAAGUGUGUAUGAACGUAUGUUAGAACGUCAUCCCGAUGAGAUUAAAAUAAGCGAAUGCGCGGAGACAUUUCUCACACUUCUACAUGCGAUGGAAGAUCGUUAUCGGCUUGUGCCAUAUCCAUCUUGCAGUCUUCGUUUGUUUUCCUUGCAAAUUGAUUUGCUCGAUGACUUCUUGCAAGGUCUGAUCUGUCCUCCGACAUCUGAUGUACAAACGAACGAUCCAUUAUCGAAAACAUUCUGUUCGAUAUUAAAUUCCAUUGUUUACAUAGCUGAUGUUAUUCAACAAUGGAGAGAUCAACCUCAUUAUAAAGCUUUGCAAUACUUUUAUGAUGAAUAUGGAAGAUUUAGUUCGAAAUACGGAAGAGUGGAUUCGGAUGAGGAAAAUCCUGGCAAAAUUCUAAUUGAUUCAACAUUAGCUCAACAAUUUGACUUGAUUCAAUUGAAUAAAAAGAGUCAUUCAGCAACUGCAACGAUAUUCGAUCCUCUGCUCGAACAAUACCUAAAUGAACAAGAACAGCGUUGCAGUACGAUCGUUAAUCAUGUCAAUCGAUUAUUGGAAAGAAAAUGUCGACCGUAUAUCAAAGAAAAGUGGUCGAUGAUGCCGAACCCGAAAGAUUAUUUAAUUAUGAAUAUCACAUCAAGUGCGAUCGAUCCUCUUGUCGAUUUACAGGCAAUUUUCUCUGAAUUAAAAAAUAAUUUAUUGAAAAAUGUGUUUCACGAAAUACGAGCAAGAGUUAUUAUUCAAUUCGACGAAUUCUUAUUUAAUUCUGUUAUCAACAAGCAUCAAUUUAACGAGGGCGGAGCAUCACAAUUUCUUCUUGAUAUCAAUCGAGGAUGGUCUCGUAUCGGUACUGAUCACGUUUUACAAUUACUCAACAAAUGUCGAGAAUCCGCCAUGCUUCUUACAAUGCCAAAGUUAUCUGCUCUCUCUUUGCUUGAUACUUUAAGAGAAAGUCCCACGAAAACAUCGAUAUCGAUAGAAUCAUCACCAUUGCCUUCCGUUCUGCAGCGUGAAGGUAUCUAUUUUUUGAAUGAAUCUGAAGCGGAGCAAGUUCUUCAACGUCGCCUUGACUUCAACACUUGUUAA